UGGAUAUUUUCUUGGAAGGAUAAUAGACAUCACUAGAUAAGCGAGUCAGGAUGUAGGACAAUGUGCAUCUGCGACCCGGUGUCGACACCUUCACCUGGACGGUUAUCCUAAUGGAAACCAUGGAUACGGUGGUCGCUGUAGCGAUUGGUGUGUUGGCAACCAUCUUCUUGGCAUCACUUGUGGGACUGUUUGUUGUGUGUAAAUACAGGUGUAAAAAAGGAACAGAUCUCAUUUCAUCGCAACAUAAAGACACAAGGCCUGAUAUUCAGUUGAUUCAGGACAGCCCUCAGGGGCAGAUAACUGAUGUAGAACUGGAUGAUGUUCGGAUAAACAACCCACGGCUGGAUGCCAUCCUCCAAGAUGAGAACUGGGUGGAUGAUGCCACAGGUCUAAUGCCACACUGUAUUUCCAUACUAAAGACCUGCCAUCAUCUAACAGAGAGGCUUGUUGCCAUUACAAUGGGAAACUCUCAGAUGAUUCAAACGCAGGAAUUACUAACUGAUAUCAUUGCUGUUGCCAAGAGAAUUAAUCCAAGGGUGGAUGAGGUAGUCAGUUCCAUGUAUCCCCCUCUGGACCCCCGUCUACUUGAGGCAAGAUGUACGGCCCUAGUACUAUCAGUAAGCCAUCUUGUUCUUGUCACAAAGCAUGCUUGCCGUAUGAAUGGAGGAGUGGACUGGAUAGAUCAGUCCUUAGCCAAUGUGGAGGAACACCUGAGGUUCCUCAGAGAAGCUAGCCUUUGUUCAGAAUGGACUAGUAGACUUCCAUCAGCGGAUUCAGAUGGGGAGACAACUGAACAAGAAAUAGCCAACCAAAUCACUCCUUCAAACCAGUCAUCGAUGGUGUAGACCAAUCAAAACAUUUCUUGCAUAUCAU